AUGCAAUUUGAGUUAUUAAGAAAGCAAGUUUAGUAAUUUGUUAAGUUACAAAAUAGUAAAAACGUAUUACUCGUUAGACAUGGUUAAUCUAUGGGCAAUUACUCUGGAACUGUUACAGGUUGGACUGAUACUAAAUUGACACUAAAAGGUAGAGCUUAAGCCAAUAAAUUGUUUUAAGGUUUUGUUGGAAGCGUAGAUAAAUUCACUUCUAUUAAUUCAUCCGAUUUAAUAAGAAGUCUUGAUACUGCUUAUAUUUCAUUAGCUUUUCCUGAAAAAUCUAUUAUUAAAGUUGAUCCUUUAUUAAGAGAACUUAACUUCGGUAAAGAAGAGGGCAUCCACUUCGAUUCCUUGAGCUAAGAAAGAAAAGACUUGAUAAACAAUAUAGAAUUUAAAGCAGUUGAUGGCGAAAGCUGGCAUGACACUAGAAAAAGAGCAAUUUAAUUCUUUGGUAAACUUCCUGAAGGAAAUCAUUUAGUAUUCACCCAUGGAGGAUUAAUGUGCUCUUUAACUUGGUAUUUAGGAUUGUAGAAUACUUUGCCUAACGGUUCCUUGGUUGCAUUACAACUUGAUCCAAAAACAAACGAACCUAAUAAAAUAAUAUUCGAUUGGUCUUACCCUAAAGAGGAAGAAGAAGUAGAAUUGUGA